AUGGCGCCCUCGUCCAGGCAUCUGCUUCUCCUCCUCCUAGCCACCACCCUCAUCGUCCCGCGCGUCUCCUCCCACGACGACGGCGGCGCCGGCAAGGCCGUGUACACCAAGGUCUGCGACGAGUCGCGGUUCGAGGCGGCCGGGCUGGUCAUGUCCCGGUACCCGUACUGCAACGCGUCCAUUCCGUACGCCGACCGCGUGCACGACCUCAUCGGCUGGAUGACGGUGGAGGAGAAGGUGUCCAACCUCGGCGACUGGGCCGACGGCGCGCCCCGCAUCGGGCUGCCGCCCUACAUGUGGUGGUCGGAGGCGCUGCACGGGCUCUCCAGCACCGGCCCCACCACCAAGUUCGACGACCCCAAGAAGCCUCGCCUCCACUCCGGCCGCGCCGCCGUCUUCAACGGCACCGUUUUCGCCAACGUCAUCAACAGCGCCGCAUCCUUCAACGAGACCCUCUGGAUGUCCAUCGGACAGGCGAUCUCGACGGAGGCUCGCGCGAUGUACAACCUCGGGAAGAGCGGGCUGACGUACUGGAGCCCCAACAUCAACGUGGUGCGCGACCCGCGGUGGGGUCGCGCGCUGGAGACCCCCGGCGAGGACCCCUACGUCGUCGGCCGCUACGCCGUCAACUUCGUGCGCGGCAUGCAGGACGUCCCGGGCCACGCCGGCGCCGGCGUCGACCCCAUGUCACGCCCGCUCAAGACCGCCGCCUGCUGCAAGCACUACGCCGCCUACGACGUCGACGACUGGUACGGCCACAACCGCUUCAAGUUCGACGCCCGCGUCGAGGAGCGCGACAUGGUCGAGACCUUCCAGCGCCCAUUCGAGAUGUGCGUCCGCGACGGCGACGUCAGCAGCGUCAUGUGCUCCUACAACCGCGUCAACGGCAUCCCGGCAUGCGCCGACGCGCGCCUCCUCUCCGGCACCAUCCGACGCGACUGGGGCCUCCACGGCUACAUCGUGUCCGACUGCGACGCCGUGCGCGUCAUGGCCCUCAACGCCACAUGGCUCGGCUACACCGCCGUCGAGGCCAGCGCCGCCGUGCUCAAGGCAGGGCUCGACCUCGACUGCGGGAUGAGCUGGAUCGUGCAGGACGGCAAGCCCGUCAUGGACUACCUCACCUCCUACGGCAUGGAGGCCAUCCGCAUGGGCAAGAUGCGCGAGACCGACAUCGACAACGCCCUCACCAACCUCUACAUGACGCUCAUGAGGCUCGGCUACUUCGACGGCAUGUCAAAGUACGAGACCCUCAACGAGAAGGACAUCUGCACCGACCAACACAAGAGCCUCGCCCUCGAUGGCGCUAGGCAAGGGAUGGUGCUCCUCAAGAACAACGACAACCUUCUGCCCCUAAACGCCGACAAGCUCGGCGCCGUCACCAUCCGCGGCCCGCACGCCGAGGCACCCGAGAAGGUCAUGGACGGUGACUACACAGGGCCUCCGUGCCGGUACGUGACGCCGCUGGAAGGCAUAAGCAAGGACGUGAAGAUCGCGCAUGCCGCAAACGUGACCAUCUACUUCGGUGGCAUAAACAUGCACAUCGAGAGAGAAGGCAACGACAGGGAGGACAUCCUCCUGCCCAAAAACCAGACCGAGGAGAUCCUCCGUGGCGCGGAGGCCUCGCCGAACCCGAUCGUCCUCGUCAUCCUGUGCGGCGGCGGCGUCGACAUCUCCUUCGCGCAUGGCAACCCCAAGAUCGGUGCCAUCCUCUGGGCAGGGUACCCCGGCGGUGAAGGUGGGCAGGCCAUUGCCGAUGUCAUUUUCGGAAGAUACAAUCCAGGUGGAAGGCUGCCACUGACAUGGUUCAAGAACAAGUACAUCCACCAGAUCCCCAUGACGUCCAUGGCGCUCCGGCCGCGGCCGGACCACGGAUACCCGGGGAGGACGUACAAGUUCUACGACGGGCCGGAGGUGCUCUACCCGUUCGGCCACGGCCUCAGCUACACCAAGUUCCGAUACGAGCUGACUGACGCCGCCAAAGGCGCCACUGUGGCCGGCGCGCCCAUCAAGCAGGUUGUGGCGUUCCAGAGGGUGUUUGUCAAGGCGGGUAGCGCCGCGACCGUGGGGUUCAAGCUCAACGUGUGCAAGGCAUUCGGCAUCGUGGAGAAGACGGCGUACACCGUCGUGCCAUCCGGCAUCAGCGCCAUCCACCUCGAGAACGGGGACUCCUCGUCGCCGUCGUCCGUGUCUUUCCCCGUCAGGAUUAGCUUCUAUGCUUAG